GAGGGUAGCAACAGGCGGAAACUGCGCUCGCCUCUCCAUCCACCUUUGAGAAGGAUCACAAACCAGUUGUCGGGGCUUUGGGACCGGAAGCGGAGGCACAGACGCAGGAGCCCGCCCUCUCUUCGUCCAAUCCGUUCGCCUUCGGAACCUUUGAACCGAGUACUUGGGCCAAUAGGGGGAAGCAUACCGGAAGUGACUUGUCCAGACGAUUUGGAAAAAGGAAAGGAAGAGGAGGAGCAACGAACCAUGGCAGCUCUGGUAGCCCUUUGCAGUGGGCUAGGAAGGAGAACGUUAACGCACUUCGUAACGGCUGCUGUCUGCCUCACAGAUUCUGGGACUCAUGCAGUGCUGUGGAGAAGAAGUUGUUCACAAUAUAAACAGGUAACCAGCAAUGAGCACCUGCCUGUUCCAAUGGAAAAUCCUUAUAAGGAGCCUCUGAAAAAAUGUAUCUUGUGUGGAAAACGUGUAGAUUAUAAGAAUGUACAGCUUUUAUCCCAGUUUAUUUCUCCAUUUACUGGAUGCAUUUAUGGAAGGCACAUAACAGGUAUUUUGUUUUCUAUAUAUUAUAGCAACUUAAAUGUAGGUAAGACUUAUAUAAAGCUACUUCUGUUAUUUAAGGAAACUGGCAGAUUUUCAAAUCUACAAAUUACUAUGCUACAAAUUACUAUGACACCAGAUACUAUGGGUAGUUUGAGAAAGCCUCUUCUUAGGCCAAAGACAUGCAAUUAUUUUGCAUGUCUUCUUAUACUCAGUUAACUAUAGGCUGACAACAUGUAGAAAACUUGGGCUUAAAAAAAUUGCUUUGCUGUUCGGGAGUAUACUAUAAUCAUCCCCAGGCUAUUAUUUAAACCAGGGGCCUAUUGCCUAUAGGCCAAAUCGGAUCUGCCACUUGUUUUUGUAAAUAGCUUAGUUUCCAUAGUGUCUGAGCUACAAGCAGAAUUGAGUAAUGAUGCCAGAGACUGUAUGGCCCACAAAGCCUAAGAUAGUUACUAUCUGGCUCUUUACAGGUUUUCCAGUCCUUCCAUGACAUAGACAGUUGUUAUGCAUUUUGAUUACCGGCAUUUUUUUACGAAUAAGAAAGCAAUUUCUUUUAUAGGUCUUUGUGGGAAGAAACAAAAAGAAAUCACAAAAGCAAUUAAGAGAGCUCAAAUAAUGGGUAAGAGCAUCUGAAAAACUGAAUUAUGCUAACCAAAAUUUUGCUCAUUAUCUUUCGUGACGAACUUUCAUUAUC